UCAUUUAAUGAACACAGAAAGGUCAGAUUUUGGCAAGACAAAAGUCUUGUCGCCUUGUCAAAUGAUGCAUUUUUGCUGCGCGUCUUCGGCGUCAGCGCGGCGCGUCUUGAGCGUUUUGGCGUCAGCGGUCAAGAAGUUGAAAAUGCUGAACUUUUCGCGUCAGACGCGCCGCGUCAACCAAUCAGGGACGAGUAUUCAGUGACGCAGCGACGUCAUUAUCAGGAAGUAAGGCCCGAGAACCAGAGCGAGAGGCACAAACAUGAGCGGAGCAUAAAUAUAUACGCCACAAUCACCGAGCCGAUCGCGAGGACUAGACCGGGACUAAACAAGGACUAGACCGGGAGUAAAUCGAGACUAGACCGGGACCAAACCAGGACUAGACCGGGACUAAACAAGGACUAAACCGAGACUAGACCGAGACUAAACAAGGACUAGACCUUGAAUAGACCGGGACUAGACCGUGAUUAGACCAGGACUAGACCGGUAUUAGACCAGGACUAGACCGGGACUGAUCCAGUGUCAUUAGCGGAGUAUAAAUAUAUAUACGCCCCAGUCGUCGACCCGAUCUCCUCCGCUGAUGUUUUAUGCCAUAAAAACACUCUCUCAGUCUGGUCUGACAUUGUUUCGGGAAAAGACCGGGACCGGGCUCUUGUUUCCAGGGCAACGGAUGCGCGUUAAGUAUUUUUGUCCCGUUCGUCCACGGCGUCAAAGACGCGCGUCUAAACUCAAAUGAAAAGGCGUCCAAAUAGAGGCGUCAAGGCGUUUUUUGACGCUUUGGUGUGAACGGCCCUCUAGAUUACAGCCUCACCUGUGAUCAGUUACUGAUCAAUCAAUUAGUGGGUGUGUAUAAAAGGAACCCCAGCACACCAGACCUUCACAUCAACUGCAACUUGACCUCUGACAACAUGCCUAAGAUCCACCCUGAGACCAAAGCGUUAAUUAUCAAGAGGCUGAAGACCAGAUCCACUGCUGAGGUGGCUGACACCUUCAAUGUGUCUCAGCGUCAAGUACAAAGAAUAAGAAAAAGAUCUGAAAUGACUGGAGAUGUUUUUGACAAGCCCAGGUCCGGCAGACCCCGCAAGACAACUGCUCGGGAGGACCGUUUGUUGAUUCAAAAAUCCAAGGCCAGCCCCUUUUCCACUGCAGCAGAGCUCCACCAGGCCUGGUCACCUCAAGUCCCUGUGUCAACCAGAACAGUUUGUAGAAUUCUGUCUCGAAAUGGCCUCCAUGGUCAAAUCAGUGCACAGAAACCAGCACUAAACAAAAGGCAAUUAAAAAACCGUGUGGCAUUUGCCAAGGCCCACAGCCUGCUAAAAGGAUGGACACUGGAAAAGUGGCAGAAGGUGGAUUUCUCAGAUGAAUCCUCGGUUGAAUUACAUCACAGGUGCCGCAAAUAUUGCAGGAGACCUACUGGAGCCCGCAUGGAUCCAAGAUUCACCCAGAAAACAUGGUCUGAGGAGCCUGUUGUCAUCCCAACCAAGAGAUCAGUGGGUACGCAGUUAUCAGCUGGAACAUUACGAUACCAUCGCAGUAAAGGUAUUCAAGCUACUGACAAAAGCAUCCGUAAAGGCACAAGUAUUUUAGAGCAGAUCGGGCAAAUACAGUCGUCUGCUGCAGUAAACAGAGCCAACCAUGAGUCAGAUAAGGGUCCUGCUGCUAAACGGAUCUGUGUGAAAGAGGAGGAAGAGGAGGAGCACAUUUCAGAUCCAUUACUUCCUCAUAACUCCAUGUACGAGCCGCGAGACUCUGAUGCAUCUGACCAGAGUGACUUGGAAUCUGAAUACGGUGAUGCCAAAUAUAUAGUUUCCGCGAGCAGCCUCAGAGAGUUGUUUGAGAGAUGCCCGAUUUGCACCAAACACUGUAAAGUAAAGCGUCGCAGGAGGGGGCUGUUGCUUUCCUUCAGUCAGACAUGCCCUCACUGCUCGUACAGGCGCAGGUGGCAGAGUCAGAUGGAAGAGCUCCUGGAGGUGCCUGUGACUGAGGAUCAGAGCGAAAAUGAAAACUCAGACUGUGAAAACCCAUCAAAGGAGAUUUUGGCUGCUCAUGUCUUCAUCAACCAACGUGGAUCAUAUCAGAACCAGAACAGACUGGGACAGAACACAACGGAAUACUCGCCCUGAUUUUGGACCUCAGCACAAACGCACACAAAGCUGCCUCUUGUACAUAUGUACAGUUCCAAUGCCAAUUUAUUGUUAAUUACAAAAACAUUGGACAUGAUGUCCCAUUUAUUUAUUUUAUUUGGUGUUUUGGUUCUCACGGCAAUUAUCCAAUCAAAAAGCAAAAUCAGCCUCACAUGACUCUCAUUUGUGUUGCCAGUUUCAAUGCUGUAAUUCAUUUGGUUUAAACCUAAAAUGCCUCUCUCUGAUCUGAAUGGUCACUACCUAAACCCCAGCAGCCGCAGCCAGUCAUGAAGCAGUGCUAAUGCAGCCUCUGCAGCUCAGGGUGGGAGGACUAGAGGUUCUGAGCUUUCACAAGAAAAGUAUGUGUUCUCUAUAGGCAGGUUUAGGGACUGGAAGUUGUGAUUGUAAUACUUCAGUUGUGAUUGUAGUACAUAAAUAAGACAAACAUUUAAUCAUUGUCAUUUAAGACAAAAUGUAAUCUACAGUUUUUUUUUUUCCCCCUCCAAAGUCUGAUCCCUGCUCUAAACCACAUGCUUUUACUGAUCGAGGAUUUGCUGAAGACAUCAGACCCGUGUUGAUCAUUGGUGAUUAGAAAUGACUGAAUGUUACUCUUGAUUUAAAUGUGAUGACCUGCACAGCCCUGGUGCUCAACAACUUUUGUUUCCAAUGUGGAUUUGGAGAUGGUCUUUCUGUGUUUGUCCUCACACUGGCCCAUUUUCUGCAUUAUGUUUAUAUUUUAUAUAGUUUUAUUUUCCUUAUAACCUUAUUUAAAAGAUGAAAGUGCAUUGUGCCAUAUUUAUUUUCAUUUUCUCACAAAAAUGAGUCAAGUGAGUGUAAAUUUAUGUUAAAUGAACGUGUUCACAGAUGAUAGAAAACCAAUGCUCUAUUUGUUUUAUAUUAAAAAGACAUCUUCUGAA